AGGAGAAGCACAGCUUUUCGAUCUUCGAUUUGGAGCGGCGCACGUCGGAGGCAGAGAGUCAAUUGAAGCUGCUCAUGGCCGACGUCGAGGACCAUGCACAAGAAUUGCUUGCUCUCUUGGAGAGCGAACCAGGGAAAAAAAGAGACUCUGAAGUGGUCCGAGACUCUUCAAGGUCCACCUCCAAGGCGCGUGCGGACGAAGCCCUGGCGGCCGCCACAGCCGCCGCAACGCUGGCGGCCAAGGAGGAGGCGGCGGAGAUGAAGGCCUCAGCUGAAAAGGCUCUGUCGGUUGCACAGGAAUUGCAGAAGGAAAUGACCAACAUGUUUGAGGCGCUGCAAAGCUCCCUGCAGAGCUCUUGGUCGCCCCGCGAUGCCUGGCCUCAUCGAAAUGCACCUUUGGUGGGUCGUUUGCCCAACUUGCCUCCCUCCUCCUUGGCGCAAGAGGAAAUUGACGCAAUCAGGCUUGAUCCGCAAAGUUCGGAUCUUCAUGUGGAAUUUCCGAUGCACAAGGUGAAUCCGCUCAAGGAGCGCUUUCAUCCCCCCACCGGGGGUGGCUUUCGCACCGGAACCAGUCAUCGCUAUCGUGAGCGGCGAAAGCGGCCGUCCACAGCAGUUUGCGGAGUGCCUUUGCACUCGAGGGGAGAUGCUGGAAAUCGACCCUCAACGGCACGAUGAGGCCGUCUUGUGGACGCUGUGCCGUCCAAAACGGAUGGCAAGGGGCUG